AUGCGUAUAAGUCAAGCGCUAAUUCUUGCUCUUGGCGUUUACUGUGGUCGUCUAGUGGCUGAAAUCUGCCCUCCUGAUUGGCAACGAUACGGCGAGUCAUGUUACUUCAUUAUAAAGGACAAGAUGGAUUGGUACCAAGCAAAUCGCACUUGUGCCGAGUCACGAGCAAACCUGGCCAUCCCAAACUCAAAAUCCAAACACGAUUACAUGUGGGAACUAUUCCUGAAAGAACCUGAUAUGACAUCAACAGACCAUUGGAUUGGUUGCAAUGACAUCGAGGAGGAGGGAAACUGGCAGCACUGUCCGUUACCGGGUGAUAUCAACGCCUACGAGAAUUGGGCGGAGAAAGAGCCAAAUGAUAAUAAAGGUGGUGAAGACUGCGGAGCCCAAGUCAACAAAUACAAUGGCCAAUGGGACGAUCGCAAAUGUGAGACACUCUUCUUUGCUAUAUGCGAGCUCCCGGUUUGCAGUGGUGGCCGCCUCAAUCCUCAGUGCCUGCUACACCACGCCAUGGAGGAGUUCAUGGGUGAAGGCGUCGGAUCAUGCGGGAAGGCUUGCCGAUCACAUCCCCGAUGUCACUGUUUCAAUCUGCCUAAGCAAGCUGGAGGGAAGAUGGUUUGUCCAUAA